AUGGCAGGCCAGCAGGAAAUUGAAAAUCAGCGACUGUUAUUGAGAGAGUCAACUCAACUGGCUAAGAGAUGCCAGUUAGCCAUAUGCAGUACUGCUAUCUUAGCAAAGGAAAAUAAGAAGCUAAGAGUUGCAGUUGAAAAGAAAAAGUGUAAGAAGAAGCAAACUUGUGCAUUUCUAGCUCAGAACGAAGCUCUAACAGCUGAGAGAGAUAUAGUUAGAGCUCAAGCAAUUGAUCAAGCUAUAUCAGGGGGGUAG